CCGUACUUAGUUACCUGUUGAAUUCAAUCUCAUGCUUCUUUCAAAGUCCACAAACUGCUGAGGUUGGGUUAACUACUCCAGAGUCAGACAAUGAACUAUGUGGGCCAGAUUGCUGAAUCUGUGUUUGGCACGGUGAAGGAGCUGUACAGAGGUCUGAAUCCAGCCACCCUCACAGGCUGCAUUGAUGUCAUUGUGGUAAGGCAACCAGAUGGGUCCUUGUGUUGUUCACCUUUCCAUGUGCGCUUUGGGAAGCUCCGAGUUCUGCAUUCCAGUGAGAAAGUGGUUGACAUAGAAAUCAAUGGAGAGCCAGUCAAUCUGCAUAUGAAGCUGGGUGACAAUGGAGAAGCCUUUUUUGUCCAGGAGUCAGAAGAACAAAAGGAGAGGAUCCCAAGCUUCUUGUGCACAUCUCCCAUCCCCACUGAGAAAAGCAUCGAUGCUGUGGCCAAAUCUGCCAAGUUAUAUGGGAACUCUGAUGACCUGGGCUCUGAUACAACUGCUCGUAAGAAAAGACGGCGCAGGAAGAAGCCAAAGAAAAGAGAAUCAUCUGCAGAUUCAACAUCAGAAGAAGGAACUGAGAGUGAGAGAUCUCUGGAGGAGAAGCGAAAAUUAUUGAUUUCCAAUAACACACUCUACUACUCCUUUGGAGACGUCCCACAACAAGAAGAUGGGACUCUACAACUUCAAGAAGUACAUCCGUAUUCUGAUGGAGAGCUAGCUCCCCUGCAGAGCCUUUCUCAAAGUUGUUCAUCUGCUCCAAAAAGCGACUCUGAAUUGGAGAUCAGAAAUCCUGAACUACCUCUUGGUCCUGAAUCCCAGCUACAAUGGUCCUGGGGAAGACUGCCAGAGAUGAGCAAAUUAGACCGUGUAGAAGCAACCAAACCUGUCUUAAAUGUCUGUGAAACAGCAGCCAAUGACCCAACUACUGUUAUCCCUAUGGACGAGACAACUCACUUUGUGGCUAUUACAGCUGGCUCAGAAACAGUGGGAACAGUGGACUCUGAUGAUACAGCAUCUUUUUCCAUAAUUAAGCCAACCCCUGUUUUUCCUUCUGGAAAUGGACUUCUGGGAGAUGAAGAGCCCUGUCCUUCCAUUUGCAUGGCUAUAGACCAAGUGGGCCCUGAUCAUGGACUUCCAGGAGAUACAGAAGUAACAGCACCAAUUGCAGAAACUGACAGAUCAAAUUCUAUCAAGGAGUCAGACGUGCAAGCUACAUAUCCAGAUUUGGAAGUGCCUCCUUUGAAAAAACCUUUGUCAAACAUAGAACCCUGCAGUGGUCCAGAUGUGAACCAGGAGAAGAGGAGGAGUUCCAUAAAGAAAAACCCUCACCUGGGACCUAGUGAUAUUUAUUUAGAUGAUCUUUCAAACCUGGAUGCGGAGCAAUUAGCACUUUAUUUCCCCAAGAGUGAUGCUGAACUGAAUUGUCCACAAGCACAAUCUGACCCUGGAAUCUUCUCUGAUUCCCAUGUGCUGAGUGCAACAGGGGACAGCAAUGCAGAUAAUCUGCUGGAAUCUACAGAAAAUAGCCCCAUUCGCUUGUCUCUCUGUGGAGGUCUUGGAGAUGAUGGAGAAUUAACUCAUGCAGAGAAGUUUAUGAAGCAUAUAGUGUCCUAUCAGGAGUUUGCAGAGAACCCAGCAAUUCUUGAAGACCCAAACUUGGUAAUACAGAUCCAAAAGAAAUACUACAAUUGGGCAGUUGCAGCUCCUAUGGUUCUCUCACUGCAGGCAUUCCAAAAGAAUCUUUCCAGAAAUGCUGUUGAUAGACUAAUGAAAGAGAAGAUGCCCAAGAAAGUUGGAAGGUGGUGGUUUUCUUGGAGGCGAAAAGAGCAUGAAAUCAGUACCAGGAAGUCCAACAAAGUAGGCAAGAAUCAGGAGGACACUUCUCUUCAGAGGAGACAAAAUGAUUCCUCCAGUGAUGAAGAUGUUGUAUCCUCCCAUCAAGGAGACAGAUCCAUACCAGAUGCUAUUACACAGAAAUUUCUUCCAACCUACAAGAAGUCCUUAAGACUCUCCUCUGAUGAAAUUAAAAAGCUGAACCUGAGGGACGGCCCCAAUGACGUUGUGUUCAGUGUGACCACUCAGUACCAGGGUACAUGUCGUUGUGAAGCUAACAUUUACUUAUGGAAUUGGUAUGACAAGGUGGUGAUCUCGGAUAUUGAUGGCACCAUCACCAGGUCUGAUGCUCUAGGGCAUAUCUUGCCACAUCUUGGGAAAGACUGGACUCAUCAAGGCAUUGCUAAGCUCUUCCAUAAAAUCCAUCUCAACGGAUACAAGUUUCUCUAUUGUUCAGCCAGAGCUAUUGGCAUGGCCCACAUCACCAAAGGAUAUUUAGAAUGUGUCAAUGACCAAGGUUGGGUGCUCCCCAAAGGACCAAUCCUGCUUGCACCUAGCAGCCUCUUCUCAGCAUUUCACAGGGAAGUAAUUGAGAAGAAGCCAGAAGUGUUCAAAAUUGCCUGUCUGACAGAUAUCCGAAAUUUAUUUGGUCCCAAUAGCCGGCCUUUUCAUGCUGCGUUUGGGAACAGACUAACUGAUGUCUAUGCUUACAAGGAAGUGGCAUUGCCAGAAUCCCGCAUAUUCACUGUAAAUCCCAAAGGGGAAUUGACCCAGGAACUCAUAAAAAUUACCAAGUCCACGUAUGAGCGCCUGGGUGAAGUGGUAGAAUUUCUCUUUCCACCUAUUGGCAAAGAUAUGAAUGCUUCCAUGGCUUCUCCAGAGUUCAGCCAAUUCUUUUACUGGAAACCACUCCUGCCUACCGUAGACUUUGAAGACUUUGUCUGAUUCUUCAGAUUCCCAAAGAAUCCUUAACUUUUGGUCCUCCAAUGUGAUGGAUGGGCAGCAAAAUAAAGCUUGCUGUUUCUCAUCCAGUAUGCAACCUUCCUUAGCCUUUAAAAAAGAUGUACAUUUGUAGUAAGGAGCAUCUCGUGUGGAAAUGUGAUCUUUCAACCCAAGAUUUAACUUAUAUGCUGUAUUUUCAAGAAAUGUGUAUUUGUGAUGUUUUUAAGUGAUUGUACUCUAGUCUUUAUUCUUAGAUUGCAAAUAGGCUUCAUGAUGUUAAUAAGGGCUGAAAGCGUCCAUGCCUUUCAUCCCCCAGUGUUUGAGGGUCAACAUAACUCAGGGGCUUGAAGAUAAGCAGCUUAUACAGAACACUAUUCUUCUACUCACCAGCACAGUGCUUUAAAAUCUAGUAAACCACAUUUCACCUAGGCGUUAGUAUUCUACAAGAAAUGAUGCCCUUUUCAUAAUGCUUUCAAUACUCUGCUGCUUUUGUUGAUUACAGUAUUAUCUAAUAUGGGUAGAGCAUUCUUUAAACGUUACUUCUAAGUACUGUGACUUUUUAAAAAAAAAUAUUCUCUAUUGCUGCUCUGAACUAGACCCCUGGUUUUACAGAGUCUCUUCUGAAUCCUCAACUCUCUCUCUUGAAUGUAGCAACAGGCAUGAAUACUGUGACUUGCUGCAAUGGGAUAUUUUAAUUCAUGAUGAUAAAAGAAAAAUGUAGUCUCUGACCUUAUGGUAAUUAAUGGCCGCCAAAUGCUUUUCUUUAUGAACUAUUAUAUAUAUUUUUAUAAUGACUUUGUUAGUGAUAUAGUCAAAACACCAAAUGUCCAUUAGCACGGUAGUUCUGAAAAUAAAGAUUAUAUAUUCUUUAUCACAAGAGCACCAAUAAUAAAGAUGGAAAAAGUGCAAUACAAUAAGCAAAAAUCACUCGUUUUGUAAGAUUUGUGCAGAUUCCCCCUCCUCCCCAUUUAUAGUUUUGCUGUGAAUUUAAUGAAAAUUGAAUUCAGGGGACCAGUUCUUGUUCUACUUCACACAUGAUUUCUUCCUUUGUUAAAUGUAGAUGGAGAUACAAUGAACAAAAGUGAUACUUCACUCAUGUCCUAUGAGCCAUCUAUUUGCAACGCUCUAUGAAUUUCUUAUGGUCUUCAUUAUACAUACCUUGUUUUCUAUCAAGAGGAGACGAUUUCUCGUUAUGAAAUAUAUGCUAGAUAUGCUGGAAUUCCAAAGUUUGACAUGAGUUUAAAGGAUCAGGUAGCAAAUGACAUAAAGAGUCUCAGCUCCAAACUCUGAAAAACUGCAGAAACUAUUUUCAUAUGAAGAGAACACUAGGAAAAAGUGUUCUCUGUCAUCCCUGUUGCUAUGUGGUAUCCUAAGCAACAAUGACUUCCCAUUCUUAAUCCCAAUACUUUAUAAACCUCAUUUUAACAUCACAUGUGAUGUGAAUAGUACAUUAGUGCAUACUUAACUUGAAGAAUCCUGUACAUUUGAAAACUUACUUGUAGCUACAGUUUCGUAUUUGAUAACUUAGACUUUAAUAUACUAAAUUAGUGUGUAAUAAGAUUCAGAAUGUUAUCAGCACUUAUUGAAUUCGGAUUUGAACAUUAUCGAGUUUAUCAAUCUGAUUUGUACAAAUGGAUUGCGAUUGGCCAGGUGUCCAGCAUACUAAACCAGAAUGUGAUUUGUUUGUUAGUUUGUUUUUGGCCUUGCAUUAUAAAUUAAAUGAUUAAUAUAUCAUUGGGCUGAACACAGUUCCUGGAGAUUAUAGGGGCACAUCAUUUCGGUUCCCCCCAAAAAACAAAUAUAUAAUUGAGAUUUUGGGUUUGAAGACUGAAGAGCUAAAUAAAAGAAUCCUAACUCAAAACCAAUUGCCAUGCUGGAUCUGUGCAGGCUGGAGGAUCUAAGAUAUCAUUUUUCAAAACUGAAAGCUGAUGUAUUCUACUUUAGGGGAAAAAAGGUCUCCUUUUGAAAGAUUUGUCCAAUCAAAUCCUUAGUUUUUAAAAAAAUCAAAGAAUGGGGAGGAUUUUAAUUUCCACAGGGGGAGGGAGAAGCAUCCCAAAUACCUGGUCAUGAGUUUGCCCAUAAUGAAGAAAUGUUCUUCUGUUUAAAUUAUAGUGAUUGAUUCCAAAUGUGUACAUAUGAGCAUUUUUUUUACAAUCCUAGACUUCCUUUCAGUGGUGUAAUUCCCUCUUGGUUUGGUAAUGGCGUGAUUUUGCAAAUUGAAAUGUUACUUCCGUAAAAUAUAAAUUAUAGCUGUAUCUACACAUUUCUUCCCUUUUUUUUUACCAAUGAUCCAGAAAAUAACAUUGCUGGUCAGUUUUUUUCCAUUGUCUCAAUAUCUUAAAUGUCUGUAUAGUUUUCUGAGAAUAUAUCUUUAGAAGAUGUUACAGUAAUACAAUUCUGGAAAAAGUGGUGAGAGUUUCCUCUCUUCCCCUAC